GGCGGGCUGAUGGAGCGAGCAGAAGGAUGCGGUAAAAUAGAGAAACCCCGAUUCGGUUAAAUAGGUUGAUCAGAUAGUGAAAGUGUGCCUGCGGAACAGCCGGAGGAAAGAGAGCAGGCAAAGUGAUGCUUCAGCACGUUGGACAGCUCCGCUCUGCUCCUCUCUGCAUCUGAUCACCAGGAGCCUGGCUCACACCAUUCUUCUCCAGGAUGUCAGGAAACCUGUCUCUGUGGGUUUCUACUCCUACAGAUCCUUUAGAAAAUGGCCUGCUGAACUCAUCUGCUCCACCCUGGGAGGCUCCAUCCUUCACUGUGGCUGCCCGCUGCCGUGUAGCAGCCACCCUGGUGCUGUUUGUCUUCGCCGCUUGCAGUAACCUGUCAGUCCUGAUCAGUGUGUGCUGGGGGCGAGGUUAUCGCCUAGCAGCACACCUCCGCCCGCUCAUCGCCAGUUUGGCAUCAGCUGAUCUGGUGAUGACUUUUGUGGUCAUGCCACUGGAUGCCAUAUGGAAUAUUACAGUGCAGUGGUAUGCUGGGGAUAUGAUGUGUAAGCUACUGUGUUUUCUCAAGCUAUUUGCCAUGCACUCAGCAGCAUUCAUACUGGUGGUGGUAAGUCUGGACCGCUAUCGGGCCAUCCUUCAUCCUCUGGAUUCGCUCGAUGCUGGGCUCAGGAACAGACGCAUGCUUCUGGUGGCCUGGACUCUGAGCCUGCUGCUGGCAUCUCCACAGCUGUUCAUCUUUCGGGCCAUUAAAGCUGAUGGCGUGGACUUCACUCAGUGUGUCACCCAUGGAAGUUUCCGGUAUCUCUGGCAGGAGACGGCAUACAACAUGUUUCACUUUGUGACACUGUAUGUCUUCCCCCUACUUGUCAUGACUUUCUGCUACACCUGCAUCCUCACCAAGAUCAAUCGGCAAAUGCACAAGAGCAAAGGUGUAACGUCUUUUCGGGCCGACCUCGCUGACGUGGUAGCGUGCUGCCGCGGUCACCGAAUCAACAAUGCCUCACCUCGCUCUGUGGAUCGUCUUUCUGGUGGAAGUGCUCGAGCUCCAGUGGAAAUGGAGUCUGAUCUAAGCUCAAACCAGCAUAGUGGGAAUCCUGCUUAAACCGUGGUGAUCUGACUCUGAGGAAUUAACCAAUGUCCUUAGUGAAGGUAUCAGCUGUUUGAUGCUCAUCCAUGACUACAAUACUGGAAGGUGAACAACUUGGCUUUUCUCUCUAGGACUGUGUGAGCCGUAGAACUGUGAUCAUCUCUUCUUCUCUUCACGGAUGUCAGAUAAUCAACCAACCCUUUGUAGGCUGGCUCAGGUUUGCCUUGGACCAACACUUAGUUAUGCUGCUAUAGGUUAAGAUUGCUGGGGUACUUAUGACACACUGAUCUCCUCUCUCCUCCUCUCUCUCUAUUUGUGUGCAUUCAUGUCUCAUUAAUGCAUGUUAACUAAGCUUCUUCCCCGGAGUCCAUGUGCUUUCUCACCUCGCAGAUUUCCUUGGAUUGUGGUGGCACCUGGAUCGUGGCUGCAGCUCGGUGCCCACUGCUGCUAUCGUAUCAUUAUUGUAAUGCUGUACAUCUCUCUUUUUUCUCUGUCUCUCUUUAUCACUCUCUCUCUCAAUUCAAUUUAAUUCGAAGGGGCUUUAUUGGCAUGCAAGUUUUAAUAACAGUGUUGCUAAAGCAUCAAAAUAAAGUUUGUCCAAAUAUUUGGACAGUACCCUACAAAAUAAAACAGCAAUAUGAACAUUAACACAAUCAAUCAAUCAUCAAUUUUUUUCUGCCACAUGAAAUCGUACAAGGUACAAUUCCAGUAAAAAGUUAUCCCAUCAGCUCCUUCAACUUGUGCAUGAUUCAUCAUAUAGUAUAUAUACAAUGUGUCCGUCAGAUCGGCACACAGAAAAGGGUCACUUGGUUGAAUGGCACCGGCACUCUAGGAUCCAGGCAAGUCUUAGCCAAAGGACACCACAGCUCCAGACAUCCUACUGGAAACACACACUGGCUAGCAGCAUGCCCAGCAGAGAAGUCAGUUGUCAAUUCCUCCACGCUUGACUCGGUAGCCCCUCUGAUAUAAAGAUGGAGAUGGACACAGUGAUGGUCUUGCUGGUCCAUAUAGUCGGGAUCGUAGCCAUAGGUCGUAGCUGAUAGCCAUCUCCACCUCUGUGUUUACUCUGAUGUUUACAUUUGAAAACUUGAGCCAGGUAGCUAGCUAGCCCAGGCUAGCAGAUAUGGCAGGAGGCUAGCAGAAGGUUAGCAGAGUAGGCAGGAGACUGGUGAUCUGAUGAGGUCCUUAAACCCACAUGCCAUCACCGUUGAGCAUCAACCACAUUAAGCACAACUAAUAUUUGUAAAAUAGACAAUUCAGCUGGCGGCGAGGCGACUAGAGAGGUCUGUGUCAUACAGAACUAUACAUUAAGAACAUAACAACAACACAACAUUUUUAUCUCUGACAGUACAGAUAUAUUCUGUCUUUUAGGGCUAGAUAACAUUGUAGUCUACUUUAGCUUUUAGUUUUUUCUUUCCAAUUUUCCAGAUAUAUUUCUUUAUAUUGUCUUAUAGGUUGCUUUACUCUGAUUGGUGUUUGGAAAACAGUGUUGCUGUGAGACUGGUCAGAGUGUGCCUGAGUGGGGGCAGCUAGCCUCAGCAAAAACGGAUAUGGGGGAAUCUUUUCUGGGCUCAGCUCUUGAAAGGCUUUGGAGUGGAGGGUGUCUUGGGUGGCUGGAUUUCAUGUGGUUAAAACGUUCUCUUUUGAAUGCAAAUUAUUAGUAGAUAUCUGCCUAAUUCUGCUCAUCCUGCAUUUGUUGGGUGUGUUUCUGGGUAUGUGUAAAUGUAUCUGCAGAAUUCUGCAAGUAAAGGUUCUGUUGGAUGUUUGUCCCAACAGGUAUAGCUCUGAUGACUGAGUGGACCCCAUACUUCACUACCAUACAGCGCAAUGGACUGCAUGACACUAAUAUUUCAAGACAGAUUUUAAUUUUAAUUUUGAAAUAAUAAAAUGUUCUCUUAAUUGCAUUUAGAGCUGUUUCAGCUUUCACUGCCAUGUUGAAACUCCCUGAUGCUGUUAUUGCCAAGGUAGGUAAAACUCUUUAACGCUUUCUUCAAUGAUAUGAUUAUUUAUGUUAAAUAGUUUUCUUCAUAUUUACUACGUAUUUUUCUACGAUGUCCAGCUGUUGCUGUAGUCCUUUUUCAGUAGGAGACAGUAGAACGAGGUCAUCAACAUAGAACUUCACCUCUCUAUCUAGGAGGGAGAGGCCAAGAGCAAUACAUUCGUCUAACUCAUCAGCAAGCUCAUUUAAAUACAAUACAAUAAAUAAAGUCUAACUUAAAUUUCAACCCUGCCGAACACCUCUUCUCUGGGUGAAGAAUUUUAGUUUGCCUCCAAUUUUAACAGCAGACGUAUUUCCAAAUACAUUGAUUUAAUCAGAUAAUAUAUUUUGCCCCCUAUACCACAGUGUAGAAGUCUGUAAUAAAGCCCUUCAUGCCAAAUAGAGUAGAAAGCUGGAUAGUGGAGUGUUCUUGAAGAAAAUCUAGAAUUCUUUUAUUUAGAAUAUUAAAAUAUUUAAUCAGAAUUUAACAAUUUUCCUAGACAGCUGCUGACACAUUUGCCACAACUUUAACAUUGCACCCUGCAUCCCUGGGGUGCUGCAUUUAAAAAUUUCAUUUUAAAUGCUGUCUGGACCACAAGCUUUCCUCCGGCUGGAUAGAUUUUGUCUGUUAUCCCAAAUAACUUUCCAAGUAAUUAGGAAAUCAAGUGGUUUUUGGUAUUCUUAAUUUUUUCUUUUAAUGUCUGAAGUUCUUCUUGAAUAAUACAUUGAUCUGAAUUUAUUAGUUAUUGGUAUGUCUAUGUAGAGAUUUAAAAAAUUUGUUCUCAAGACAUUACCAUUUUGGAUGGGUAAUGUCUGUAGUUGCUUUGUAUUGAACUCCAAUAUCCAAUAAAUAUCUUCAAAUUUAAUGUGGGAAUUAUUAAGCUUUUUGUUCCUAAUUGUACAUAUUUCAUUACAAUUUCAUUGUUUCUAAUGCAUAAGGCUGGGUUGUUCGGUUGGCAAUUUUUUUGUUUGCUUUUUUUCUCAAGUCUUUUCUGAUGGUCUUGCAUUCUUGAUUGAACCGUUUGUCAGCAUUUAGCAUUUUUACAGGCUUCCAUUUUUAAUUUAUGAGGUCAGUUUUAAGAGCUGCCUUGUGAAAUAUCAUAUUGAUAUCAUCAAUGGCCUUGUUUACACCAUCUCUGGUAGGGGCAUAUGUGAUUCAUCAGAUCAGGUGAGUUCAAAGCCAUGAUGAUUUUGAUUUGUUUUUUACUGUCUUGGGCAUCUGUAAGUAGGAGUGAAUUUAAACAGCUUACUGGAUUGUUUUUUGGUGUCACUUGUUUGACCUGAGAGUUUAAAGAACACAUCAAUUUGGUUGUGGUCAAAACAUCCUACAGUGAAUGCACUACUACACUAGACGCAAGAGCUGAGGAGUAUGUGAAUCUCAAUAAAGAGUCCCCUCUGAUCCUAACAUUAACUAUGUACAGGCCUAAGGGCUGACAGAGAUGCAUCUCCCUGCCACUUCGAUUCAUUUCAGAGUCCAGGUUGUUCCGACGGGUGAUUGUUUGGCGUGAUAAACAGGGGGGCUUGACCAAAAAUAUGAUUGCUGCCCUGUGGGUAGAUUAUAUCAGGUUCAAUUCCUGUUUGUCCAUUCAGAUCUCCAGUUAGAAGCAGAAAUAUGUGGAGGGACAUUAAGGGUUCCUGAGGGGCUCCCUUUUCAACAGCUUCAUUGCCUAGCCAGUAGUGUUGCAGCAUUUCAACAGCACUUUCUUACCAGGAAAAAGCUUGUUUGUGUCCAGGAAUUUCCUAUUUCAGUCAGUGAACAGUACCACUUGUGGGGCUUGUUCUUCAGGCUGAGUGGAGGGAAGCUGGGUUGGGCAGAGCUGGCGGUUGGCAGAUAGCUGUGUGGGUGAAUCAGGAGGUGCCAGGGUGUUGUUGGGCUGGGUGCCUAGCAGAGACCGUAGGAAAGAGACAAAGCAGGGGUUUGGGACAGUGACAGGGAGAGUCUGUGUCUUUGUAGCUGACAUUGUGGGGACUGCAGAGAGCUGGUCUGUCAGGUGUUGGACUUGCCUGGCAAAGCUCCUUUCUCUAUUCUCAGCAUCCCCCUUCACUUUGGCUAAAUGAGCACAGAUCACACUGUUUUUCUGUUUUAGUCAGAUGUCAAGGUCUGCUUGUCUCUCUUGAGCUGCUGGAGCUUCUCUUGGAGCUGCUGCACGGUGUUGUUUUGGGGGUCACGCAGCCUGGCCUGGGUCAGCUCUUUGAAUUCAGCAAUGUUCAGCUCCAUCAGGGCCAUACUCUCAUUCAGCUGGAUGGUGGAGCUGGCAGGUGUGGGAGGGGCAGAGAUGGACAAGGUGGUGGGGUUCUCUUUUGGGCUCUCAUCAUCUUUACUGUCAGAGGGGACAUUGAUCCUCUUGGUGUCCACCUCUGCUUUUUAACAGGGAGAAUGCCUCUUCAAAGGACUCCCGGUUGGCCAUUCCCCUGGACUGUGACCUUUUCUUUGGUGUAGUAUUUUAUGGUGAGCAGAGGGUCAUUCUUUUCAAGAUCCUUGUCAAUCUUUACAGAUCUCUCUGUGUGUCUCUCUCUCACUCUCACUCACUGUCAGUCUCUUUCUCCCCAACUGGUCAAAGCACAUGGCUGCAAACCAAGAGUCAGGGUCUGUCCGAGGUUUCUGCCUGUUAAAAAGACGUUUUUCCUCGCUGCCGUCGCACCAAAUGCUUGCUCUUGGGGGAAUUGUUGGAUCUCUGUAAAUUAUGUGGAGAUAGGUCUUGCAAUGCGAGAUUAGGAUUUUGUAAAAUAGAGUGGGAUCUAGACCUACUCUAUCUAAAAAGUGUCCUGAUAAAACUUCUGGUAUGAUUUGACUCUAUAAAUUAAAUUGAAUUGAAUUAAUCUGUCAGCAAGAAAUAUCCUGUUAUGUAUGCAAUUAUAUGAUCAACAUAAGUGCAACUUAUGUGAAUGUAUAUGUAACUUAUAUGUAACAAUGUACUGCAUGUUACUGUACCAACAUUAUUAUUCUCUAAGUGCAAACAGGUGUGAUGUGAAGUAUCAAUCUCAUAUAUGCUCAAUAAAAG